AUGUCGACUCUGUCGUCGAUGGUGGCUUCCAUGGCUGCUAGAAUAUUUCCCUCGAGACAGUCGUUGUUGAAGCACGCUUUGUAUAUCGCCAGGUACGAACCCAUCGGCGGCGGUGCUGGCCGUGUGAGUCCCGUGGCCGGUGUAGUCUAUCGGGUUCUACUCGUUGUAUUUGGAGACAUCGCUGCCCGCUCUGAACGUGCGUGCGCCUAUGAUUUUGCGGGUGCACAAUACGGGUGGUUCGCACGUCCCUUGCCAUGUGGCGGGUGGACAGGGCAUGUCGUGGUCUCUGAACGAAGGGUGGGUCGGGAAAAUCCCGGUGUCCACAAGGUCGAUGAUGAUUCCUCGGCCGAAUUUGGUGUGCUUCCAGGUUCCGGCCCGUGGGUUCAUCCCAAGGAAUUCAGGGGAGCGCGUGGUUAA